AUGCGCGCCGCGCUCGCGUCCCCUCGCGCCGCUCGUCCCGCGACGACGAUCGUCCGCGCGCUUUCGACCGCUCCGCGCGCGCCGCGCGUCGCCGACGGCGAAACUCUCGACGUGCUCGGCGCCUCGAAGCUUCGCGUGGUGCAAAGCAAAGUCGGCUACCGCACGGGCGUCGACGCCCUCGCCCUCGCGUGGUUCGCGAGACGAAGCCGCGGCGACGUCGAGAGUUUCGCCGAUCGCGCGUGCGACCUCGGGGCGGGCUCGAGCGGGGCGGUCGGGCUCGCGUACGCGCUGUCGGGAGCGCGGCCCGCGCGCGCGACGUUCGUCGAGGCGCAGCGGGACAGCUGCGAGAGGCUUCGACGAAGCGUCGAGACGAACGCGCGAGCGAGCGAUGCGUUCGACGUCGUGCCGGGGGAUGUCGUGGAAGACGCGCGGGCGCUGCUGGACGAUCGUAAAAUGCGGCGGGCGUUCGAUGUGGUGCUGACGAACCCACCGUUUUUCGAGGCGACGCGCGGGACGCCGCCGAAGAAUAAAGAGAAAAAAGGCGCUCGGUUUGGCAUACUGGAGGAUGGAGGCGCGGCGACGAUUCACGACUUUAUCGGGUUCGCAAAGGAGGCGCUGAGAGAGGAUGGAGAAUUUUUUGUCGUCUACCCCAGUCUUGGCCGCGCGCGGUUGUUGGCGGCGAUGGUGGCGGCAUUCGGCGACGACGCCGUGCGCGCGACGGAUGUGUUCGACCACGAAGGCGCGUCGCGGCCGAGUUUAGUAUUCGCCCGCGCGACAUUGCGAGGAUAUUCAGGCGAUGCGGUCGAGACGUCGUGCGCGCUUUACCAGGAGACGUCGUGCGCGCUUUACCAGGAGGCGCGCGUGGGAGAGGGGAAGCGGGCGUACGUGGAUUCGUUUGAGAUGUUUCUUCAACGCGUCGCGCAGGCCGGCGUGUGA